AUGAGGUAUUGCGGACAGGUGAUCGACGAUCGCCUCAAGAAAUGGUUCGGCAUUUUCGGCAAAUUCGUGGGCAACAACCCGGGUUACUUUGUCAUCAUUCCACCUCUGGUCUGCUGCAUUUUCUUACCCGCAUUGCGAGACCUGAAAGAAGAGACUGACAUUGAACUGCUGUUCUCACCGAUCGGAGGCCGAGGCCAGACUGAAAGACGGCUCAUCCAAGAGAGGUUUAUUCUGGAGAACCCCAUGUUUUUCUUUGACCCGAGUCGCAGGACUUGGGGUACCAGAGUCGGUACUAUCAUAGUAACGCCCAAGCCUGGUGUGGACACUUUGUUGACCAAGAAGACCUGGGAGGAACUGCGGCAAGCGGAUGCCUAUAUCAGGGAAAAUGUGACCAUCACGCAUGAUGGAGCAGAGUUGAAAUACCAGCAACUGUGUGCCAGGUUCUUCCUAGUGUGCUUGGAGAAUGCAAUUUUGGAUCUGGCUGAUGACGUUGAAACAAAUGAUUUGACGUUUCCAGCAUACAUUCAACCGGGUACAAAUAAAACUAUUUUUCUCCUGGGUUCGUUCGGUUCCGCCAAACUUGACGAAAAUGGAUUCGUGAAGGAUGUUCCUGCGAUCAAACUUGCAUAUUUUCUUUCGAUCAUCACGCCUGAGGAUGAAAUGAAGGCUAAAAUGUGGGAGCAGGAGUUCAUGCGAAAAAUGGCGACACUUCGCUUGGAGACAAUGGAUGUCACUUACUUCGCCUACCAGACCAUGGUUGAUGAAAUGCAGAAGAACACCAAUUCUGUGGUACCUUUCAUGGGUGUGGCAGCCAUAAUUAUCCUGGGUUUCUGCGCUGGCACUUCCAUGAUGGGGGACUGUGUAAGAUCCAAACCUUUCUUAGCCCUGCAAGGAGUCUUGUCAGCCAUGAUGGCGACUGGUGCUGCUUUUGGACUGUGUUCCUAUGCUGGUGUACUCUUUGCGGGAAUGAAUAUGGCUGCACCAUUCCUCAUGCUUGGGAUUGGUAUGGAUGACACCUUCGUCGUCUUGUCAGCCUGGAGACGCACUUCCAUCAAGGACUCAGUUCCUGAGAGACUGUCGCAGGCCUACGCAGAUGCCGCUGUGUCCAUCACCAUCACGUCACUCACUGACAUGCUCAGCUACUUCAUAGGCGCAGUGUCGCCAUUCAGGGCAGUGCAGGCAUUUUGCAUUUAUUCAGGGGCCAGCGUCGCACUGACUUACAUCUUCCACAUCACAUUCUUUGGAGGAUGUCUGGCAUUCGCCGGACGUUUGGAAGCUGCCAAUAAGCACGCCAUCACUUACAGAAAAGUCUUGCCUGUUUCUGAAUCAGGAAACAAGUCCAGGAUGUACCAAAUAUUCUGUUCCGGUGGGAUAUCUGAGAAAAACCCAGAUGAUCCCGUGGACAACAAAGACCACGUGGUGAUGACUUGGUUCCGGGACUCCUUUGCACCUUUACUGACGAAAACCGCGGUCAAGAUUGCUGUUGUGUUGGUGUUCAUUGGUUACAUUGGAGUUGGCAUUUAUGGAAUCACUCAAAUAGACGAAGGAUUGCAGCGGAAGCACAUGGUUCAGGAGACUUCCUAUGCGUAUGAGUUCUAUGAGACUGAAGACAAGUACUUCCGGGACUAUCCUUAUCAAGUGCAGAUGGUGAUUACAGAGCCUUUGGAUUAUUCAGAUCCUCUGGUGCAAAAGGAGGUUCUCAGUUGGAUUGAAAACGCGCAAAAAACGCAAUUCAUAUCCGAAGAUCUCAGCAUUUUCUGGCUCAGGGACUUUUUGCGUUACAAUGCUACUGGUGCUGUCUUGACAGACAUUUCGGACCCUACGAACUUCAUCACUGAACUUAGAUCAUUUUUGUACAAAUUGGAAAAUCUGCCAAUGAAAUACUUCCUGGACGUUGUGUUCGGUCAAGGAAACGACUCAAACAUUAUCGUGGCCUCGAGGGCACUUGUCCAAGCAGCCGACCUGAAUAAUUACAAUGAUGACGCAGUGUUGAUGACUGAUCUGAGGAAGGUCUGUGACGCAGUGCCUUUCGACUCUGUCCCUUUCAUGGAGUACUUCGUGUUCUUCGACCAGGUGACGCUCCCAUUC